AUGUCGAUUUAUAAUGGGUUCCGGACAAGAGCUCUGGAGGAUAACUAUCUACAAUGCUUUUUUAAAUUGUGUGAACUGGUCCAGUUCAGACUAGUAUGAUUUUAUACAAGAGGAUUUGAAAGCCAAAAUACAGGACCUGAAGAAAUGGACGAUCAAGUAAUAUUUGCAAAGAUUCUAAGAUAUCUGAGGAGGAUGAACAAGUUGGAAAGCAAAUAAAUACUUACCACCAAAGUUCUCAAAAGCCUUUGUAGAUUUAUGGGGCUAUAUCGACUCAAGGAAUGUUGAAAUUAGUAAUUCAGAAAUCAGCACAACUAAAAAUACCUUCAGAAAUUUAACCAGGUCUGAAUUAUUUCAUAAAAAUGCAAGAUUUGGUAAAUAAAGAGCUGAGCUCUCACAAGAUCAAACAAUCAUUUGACUCGAGUUGUUCUAAUAACAGGAAUUCUGAGACUUUGCCAAACGGGGAUCAUUACUUAGCAUCCUCAUCUCCUAUGCAUUUGUCGUAUGAUGACCAGAAGAACACAAUUGAUAGAGCACCCCAUACCAGUUUAAUGGAGAGUAUUCAGGAAAAUACUCGUUAUAAGAGUAAGAGAAACUUUAAGCGUUCAAAAGUCAAUAAGCCAACUAAGAUUAGGCUUGGGUCUAAUAUCCUCAUGAAAGCAAGCUGUGAUACAAGUUCGGGGCAAAUUCCAGUCCAGAACAACAUUGUGAUGCCGAUAAUGAACUGUUACUCUCAGUGACAGUACAAUAUCAAUAUUUCAAAGCAAAGAGGAGCUUCUAAAUCCCAACUCAGCGGAGGAAUGAAUGUAGUAGAGCAAGUGGUCAGAAAAAGCAUGGAAUCUGCAGAGAUACAAAACAGAGCUAAUAAGAGAAGAGGAGAAACUGCAUCUGGAAUGAGAAAAUACAAGACAAAGUCAAAGGAAAAAUAUGACAAAGGCGAUGAAACUGAAUAUGGAAGUGAUAGUAGAUCCAAUCUCAGAGAGAAUAAAGGUUAUAGCAAGGUUAAAGUCAAAGAGAAAAGAGGUCCUCUGACAAUCUCUAAUGCCAGUGUUCGGUAUAAGACUCGACAAAGUAUUCCUAUUAAGAAAGAUCCUGUUAAGAAAUCAGUCCAUUACAAGAUGCUUAGAAAUGAGAUUAGAAAGUCAAAUGAUUUCGAGAUUAAACCGUUACUUAAUCCUGAGCAAGCAAAGAAGAAGAAUUGGAAGAUGCAAUUAAUACGCGACAUUGAGUCUAAACCAUCUAGCAGACCUGGAUUCUUAAGAAAUGACCCAAAAUUUAUUAACAUCAAUAGGAAUUACAACUACAAACAUAAGAUAAAUGUGAAGAACAAAAGGACUCCUAGUAGUGAGGAGCUGGACAAUACCAUAGAAACCCAAUAUAGCCCUAAGAGUUUGUACCAUUAACAGAUUAGCACCAUCUUAGAAGUAACACAGAAAAUAUCGUCC